UCCUAUCCCCCCCUUGUCACCUUGUUCUGCAGCAGGAUACACUGGGUUUGCCGGGCAGUUUUCAAACCUAGUGUAUUUGCUGCAGAACAAGCCCUUUCCCCUUCAGCCAAUCACAGGCUUUACACCACUGCGGCCUGUGAUUGGCUGAAAAGUGAAAGGUCCUGUAAGAUGAAUAGAGCAGGGACCAGAGCGCACGGAGGGGAACGGCAUCUGCAGGGACCGGGAUUAGAAGACUCAUCUACAGCUAUCUUAUUUGUGUUUAUUGUUGACUACUCUACAGAACAGCUAUACAGAAGACUCAUCAACAGCUCUUUUCUUUUGCUUUAUUGUCUACUACUUAUCAGAGCCGCUUUUCAGAAAAUGCCGGGCUGCAUUGUCAACGGUUGCAAGUCAAGGAGCGUAAAAGGCGACCAUAAUAUCAUCAUGCAUUCCUUCCCAAGAGAGAGGGAUCGUAUCAUGGCAUGGCUAUUGGCUACAGAUCAAGAGUUUCCCAAAAUUGAUGAACUGGUUGACCACAUUCAUCUCUCUAAAACGAACAAUUAUCGGCUCUGCUCAGCCCAUUUUAAAACUACUGACUAUACCUUUAAUCCAAAUACAGGAAAACAGAGGCUCACCCCCUUUGCCGUUCCUAGUAUUUUCCCUACACGGGAUAUACAAGUUCAAGCUGCCGAGGCAGUUGAGGCUGAAAUCCUGAAUCCUCAAAAGAGGAAAAGAUUGGAUGAAGACGUAGCUUCAACCAAUGGUUUAAAGCCAGGGGAAAUGUGCCCAACCUGCCGAAAUAUUGUACCUCAUGUUAACCCAACUGAAACGGAGCCACAAGCCUCAGAGAUAACGAAAAAGGAAGCAGCAACUAUAUUUGACAGGAAUUGGGGAACCGGAAAUCAGUGUAUACAAGUAAAACCUACAACUUUCUCUAUAAAAAUACAAUGCAGAAGACUGGUUAGAAAAAAAAUCUUGAGAAAAAAAAAAUCAAGACAAAGCUUGGUAUUUGGAAACCUGCCUUCGGAGCCAUUGCAAGGUGCCAGUGUAAUAUUUUCGACUCCGAAAAAAAAUAUAGGACCAACUGGAUCAGCAACUCUUAACAGUGUACCUGAGUUUCAAGAAAGUUGUAGAGCUAGACACGAACUACUACCUGCCACGCUUUUAUCCAAAUUGACAAUUUGACCCU